AUGAGCAAAGACGACGAAUAUGAUUAUCUCUUUAAAGGUAACUUCAUCUCAAAAACCUCUAAUUCAUCUCGGCUUAAAGUAUUUGGUUGUAACUCGACUUGUGUGCUGUUGUCAAGAAUGGCUGUAUUUUUGGUCAUCUUCAUAAGCCAUACAACUUGGGGUCACAAUCGGAAGAGAGAUGUUGUUUUAAUUGGAGACUCGGGAGUUGGUAAAUCCAAUCUUCUUUCACGUUUCACGCGUAAUGAAUUUAAUUUGGAAUCCAAGUCCACCAUCGGUGUGGAAUUCGCCACAAGAAGUAUUCAAGUGGAUAACAAAACCAUCAAAGCGCAAAUUUGGGAUACUGCCGGGCAAGAACGAUACAGAGCUAUUACAAGCGCUUAUUACCGUGGUGCCGUUGGCGCUCUACUUGUUUAUGAUAUUGCUAAGCAUCUGACAUAUGAAAAUGUCAACCGCUGGUUGAAGGAAUUGAGGGAUCAUGCUGACAGUAAUAUUGUGAUUAUGCUUGUCGGAAAUAAGAGUGAUUUAAGACACUUGCGAGCAGUUCCUACCGAAGAGGCUAAACAAUUUGCCGCUGAAAACAGUUUGUCCUUUAUCGAAACUUCCGCGUUGGAUGCUAGCAACGUAGAACUUGCAUUCCAAAACAUUUUAACAGAAAUAUACCGUAUUGUGUCUAAUAAGGCCUUGGAAAACAAGGGUGGCGAUGUUGCCAGACCAUCCCCUGGAGAGACCAUUCAAGUAACUCUAUCAUCAGAUGAUACCAAUAAAGCAUCUGGAAAAU